GGGCGAAAAAGGUUUAUUCGGCGAAAUUUCUAAAUUACAGCUAUGAAUACAGACGCCUGGGAGCAAAAGGCUCCUGCGAAUAGAGUUGAUACACUUUGUCUUGUAAUUAGCGAUCACGGGCACUGGCACGGCAAGGUGUUGUUGCACCGCGCACACAUGUGGGCAUGAGUGAACUUGGGAUUGGCGCGCUUCUGAUGUCCACCACUCGUAGCGAAGAACGCCUCUGACAUCCCACAUCAAGUCUCUUGUUCCAGCUUUAUCCUGCUGCAGAAGGACGUCAAGCAGAGCCGAUCCGCAGUUGUACAUAUCUCUUGUGUAACGUGUGGGUGUGUCACUGUGUGUACUUGUACGGUAUUAUUCUGCGCCGUUCGGAGUUGGUUGCCGCGAGCUGCAGUUGUGUUGACAGCCAACUCAGAUGCGGGGUCCGGCAGCAAGCCACUCCGAGGGGCUGUUCCGUCGCCGGUCCCGCUUCUUGCUCCACGGCCCCGGUGUAAGACGGGGUAGAGCGGGGGAGGGGCAUUCCUUAGGCACAGUCCCGCAGCCAUCCACGGAGGAUCUGCGCCCGACAUGCAUCGUCCUGGUCAUCAGUCAACCUCAUAAGUCAACACGGGCUCACCAUCCCGCGCAACCCGGACUUGUCCUCAAACAGCGCUCAUCCACAAGCCACAAGCUGAGCAGAGUGAUCUUUCGUCCCUCAACCCACCCCGCUCACCAAAUCGUUACCACCCCCCGACCACCCCAAAUGUUCUUCCAAGACGACAACCGCCUCAUCUACGCCUACGACGCCGAAAGGCUCUGGAUCGAACCAUGGGGCCCCAACGCCCUGCGCAUCCGCGCCACGCACCUCCGCAGCAUGCCGACCGAGGACUGGGCGCUCCUCCCCCCUCCCGCUCCCACCACCGCCCCCGAGAUCACCAUCUCCCCCACCACCACCACCACCAGCGGCGCCACGCUCACCCACGGCGCCAUCCGCGCGACCGUCUCGGCGCGCGGCAAGCUCACGCUCACCAACACGCACACGGGCGCGCUGCUGCUCGAGGAGUACACGCGCACGCGCGUCGACGUGCGCGACCCGAAGUGCAGCGCGCUCAACGUCCCCGCGCGGGAGUUCAAGCCCGUGCUGGGCGGGGAUGGUGCGGCGCACCUGACGCUGCGGCUCGAGAGCGUGGACCCCAACGAGAAGAUCUUCGGCAUGGGCCAGUACCAGCAGCCGCUGUUCGAUCUGAAGGGGGCCGAUCUGGAGCUGGCGCACCGGAAUUCCCAGGCGAGCGUGCCGUUUUUGUUGUCGUCGCUGGGGUAUGGGAUGUUGUGGAAUAACCCCGGUGUGGGCAGGGCGGUGCUGGGGAAGAAUGUGAUGAGUUUUGAGGCGUAUUCGACGACGGUGUUGGAUUAUUGGGUGGUGGCCGGGGAGAAGCCGGCUGAGAUUGUGGAGGCGUAUGCGGGGGUCACGGGGACAGUGCCAAGAAUGCCCGAAUACGGGUUAGGGUUCUGGCAGUGCAAGUUGCGGUAUCAGACGCAGGAGGAGUUGCUGGACGUGGCGAGGGAGUAUAAGCGGCGUGGGCUACCGCUGGACGUCGUAGUAGCAGACUACUUUCAUUGGGACCUUCAGGGAAGUUGGAGUUUUGACCCGACGUACUGGCCCGAUCCGGACGCCAUGGUCAAGGAGCUGCAGGAGAUGAACGUGGAGUUGAUGGUGUCGAUAUGGCCGACUGUUGACAAGCGGUCCGAGAACUGGGAGGAGAUGGUGGAGCGCGGGCUGUUGGUUCGCGUGAACCGUGGUCUACGGAUAGCCAUGGACUUCCAGGGCGAGACGGUGCACUUCGAUGCUACGAACCCCGAAGCCCGGAAGUACGUGUGGGACAAGGUGAAGCAGAACUACUACUCCAAGGGUAUCAAGGUGUUUUGGCUCGACGAGGCCGAGCCAGAGUACUCGGCGUACGACUUCGACAACUACACCUACCAUCGCGGUUCUAACCUGAGCAUUGGCAACAUCUACCCACUUGAAUACUCGCGAGGCUUCUAUGAGGGUCUGAAGAACGAGGGCCACGAGGAGAUCGUCAACCUCGUACGGUGUGCUUGGGCAGGUAGCCAAAAGUACGGGGCCUUGGUGUGGAGCGGCGACAUCGCAUCGUCGUGGUCGAGCUUCCGGAACCAGCUUGCGGCUGGCUUGCACAUGGGUAUCGCCGGCCUGCCGUGGUGGACGACUGACAUUGGCGGGUUCCACGGUGGGGACCCGAACGACGAGGCGUUCAGGGAGCUGUUCGUGCGGUGGUUUCAGUGGGGUGCCUUCUGCCCCGUGUUUCGCUUGCAUGGAGACCGCGAGCCGCACCAGCCGCAACAUGGCACGACGGGCGGUGCGACCUGCCUCAGUGGCGCGCCAAAUGAGGUGUGGUCGUACGGGGAGAAGGUGUACGACAUCUGCAAGGUGUACAUGGAGAUUCGAGAGAGGAUGCGCCCGUAUACCCGGGAGCUCAUGGAGGAGGCGCACAAGAAAGGCAGUCCGGUGAUGAGGCCGCUGUUUUACGAGUUCCCCGAAGACCCGCGUUGCUGGGAGACGGGUGAACAGUACAUGUUUGGGCCCAAGUUCUUGUGCUGCCCGGUGAUGCAGGCAGGAGUGGACAAGCUCAAGGUGUAUCUCCCGGCCGGGCCUAAGUGGAAAGCCGUCGAUGGUGGUGAGGAGCUUGAGGGGGGUCAGACCGUUGAGGUCAACUGCCCACUCGAGUACAUGCCCGUGUUUGCGAGGGUGGAUGGAUAGGGGCUGCUAUCAAGAUCGUCUUUUCAGUUAGUAUGAUGAUCGUUAUGCGUCUGGGACCUUUUAGUCCAACUUGUACCGUCGAGACCUCACACUUUCCAAAAUAACAUUUGUUCGAUUGUGACUCGAC